UGUUAAGCAUUUAUCAAACUUGAGAGGGGGAAGAAAAGAAAAAGGAAAGUAGGAGGACUUGCCAAGUUCCUGGAAAGGACUUUCCACUUGUCUGGAGCUUACUGACUUCGAUGUAUCUGGAUUGUUCUUUUCUACUUACCAGUUCAUCAGCAAGGAAAAAAACCACUACAUUCCAAAUUUACGUUAAAGUUAAGAACUGGCUACGUAAAUUUGCAAGGCACUGAACUUCUCAGUUUUCUUGGAGACCAGAAUCAUACUUCCACAUCUGGAAAUUGGGCAGAAAGAGAACCAUACAACUGAUGUGAAACAUCUGGAAGAGUCAGGAGGAGAGACAUACAGCAUUAUUAAGGUGUAGCAUAUACACAGUUUUAUGUGCAAAGAAGUGUUCACCAGCCCCAUGUGGUAUCACCAUCUUUGAGAUGACUCAAGAAAGGAUCAGAAUCAAAUGGCUUCCUACAAGAUGUGGAACAAGCUGUAUGUUGUAUGACUCCGAAAGCUGACUGUGUCAGUGCAUUCAAGUGAGAGAUGUUGUUCCUCAUCGUCAUCUUCAUGAAUAAACAGAAGUUGUCCCUGUCAAUUCUUUGAGACUGUUUUCUUUCAUCUCUGUGGAAGGAAUGAUGAAAAGAAGAAAGAGAAGCGUCCUGUUAUACAACGUUUGAAGUUCAUCAGGAAGUCCCUCUUUUUUCAAAGCGAAUGAAAGCAACAGUUUUGCGAUACCUAUUCCAACCUGUGAAGAUCAAGGAAAAUAAUAAAAUCAGCAUACCCGGCAUUGCAGUCCAACAUGAAUGAUCCACACCUAGAAGCAAACUGCUUUUUGACAAUGAGCUGAUGGAGCAAACUUACUCUUUUUAGAUACCUUGUCUCAUAAGAAAUUUAAGACUAAUGUGCUAGUAUGUUAUCUUGUUCUGCACUUACCUGGUUUGGUAAAGAAGAGCACUGCCAGCAGCCAAACUUACAGUUUUCUCUUGCAACUGGCAGAGAAUGUCACCAGCUAUUUAAAUCACUUUUGCUACCAAACAAUGAUAAUGUGUAUUUGAACAAAUAUCUCCAAUGUUAAAUGAUCCCCUUGUUUCAGCCUUGCUUUUAACCUUCUCAAAAGCUCUCCAGCAACAGAAAUCUCUUAAGCUCAUUAUAGUGCACCAGACUGAAAGGUAUGUUAAUAAUUAAUUAAGUUCAGUGGAAAGGUUUGAAAAAUAAUGCAAAUAACUCCAUGAGAGAAAGAAUGCAAUAUGUUUAUUACAGGGAACUGUAACCACUAUGUUUUUAGUAUCGCAGUUCAUUGAAGGCUGUUCCAUUUCUGUUACUAUUUCUCCUCUGUAUUUUAACAGGCAGCCACUGGACUCCUCUGAGAUUGGAGCCAUGGUGACAGGAGUUGUAUAAAUGAAGAAGUUUGCAGAUGACACUAAGCUGGGAGGAAGUGUUGAUCUGCCUGAGGCACCUAAGCCACAAGAAAUGAAUGGUAUGUGAGAUAAGAAGCAAAAUUUUCUGCUUGACCAAGACACUGAUGGCUCAUUAAGGCUGGAGUGUGCAGUGCAGCCAUCUCACUCUCUGGAAGAGGCCACAGGAAUCCCAGACUAAACAUCAGGGUGCUGAAGAGAAAGCAUUUCAGCAGAGACUCCACAACCAUAUCCAUGCUAAUGUACCAGCCUUCUGGUUCUAUGAAGUCUGUACAUCUGCAAAUUCUAUGGAAGAUACUAGCAGUCCUAAGCUGUGUCUUUGUUAUCCUAUCAGGUCAGUCUCUCAGUCAUUUGAAGAUAAAAAAAAAAAAUUGCAUAGCCCAUCAUACUCUUGAGAACUGGAGAGCCUGAGUACCAUCAUAAGCUUGCUUUGGAAACUGCCUGCCCUCUCUACCUGUAAGCUGGCAGAUCUAGUCAAGAAGGCUCUGGAACAGAACUUAAAAAUAUUGAACAGGAAAGAACAGAGACCUCAGAGCAUUGCACCAGGAUGGUGGGAUGGAUUUCCACCAGCAGGAUAAACAGGAGACCCUGGGAAAAAAGGCAAAUAAUCUGGAGAAAAGUAUUUCAUUUGGGACACACAGUGCUUUAUCAAGCGGGCUCAGCACCACCGGGUCCAAAGCCCUAGCAGAAUGAAGGUUAAAUACUUUGCAGUGAGCUGUGCUGUGCUCAGCUGGACCUUGAACAAAGCAGAGCACCUGCAGGUUUCCUUUUCUGACAGGAGGGUUAAAGCACAGUUGUCUGGCAAGCUGAUGGAAGGAUGCUCACCAAAAUGGGAGAUGGUGGGAAAGAAUGUACUCAGGAUGAAAGUACAGCUGCAGCUAUCUUCACUGUUCAACUGGAUGACUACUUAGGAGGAAAGCCUGUACAGAGCAGAGAAAUUCAAGGAUAUGAAUCUAAUGAGUUUGUGAGCUAUUUCAAAGGAGGAAUUAAAUACAAGGCAGGUGGUGUUGCCUCUGGAUUUAAUCACGUUGUUACUAAUGACCUGAGUGCCCAGAGGCUUCUCCAUAUCAAGGGCCGCAGAGUUGUGAGAGCCACAGAAGUCCCCUUGACUUGGGCCAGCUUCAACAAAGGAGACUGUUUCAUUAUUGACCUUGGAACUGAAAUCUAUCAGUGGUGUGGUUCUUCAUGCAACAAAUACGAGCGUCUGAAAGCCACUCAAGUUGCCGUUGGCAUUCGGGACAAUGAACGAAAUGGGAGGUCCAGAUUAAUUACUGUGGAAGAAGGAGGUGAACCAGAUGAGCUCAUAACGGUCUUAGGGGAAAAGCCAGAGCUUCCUGAAUGUAACGACGAUGACGAUGAGAAGGCUGAUAUUACAAAUCGGAGGAGCGCUAAACUAUAUAUGGUGUCAGAUGCAAGCGGAUCCAUGAAGUUGUCAGUGGUAGCAGAGGAAAACCCCUUCUCCAUGGCUAUGCUUUUGUCAGAGGAAUGUUUCAUUCUGGACAACGGUGCUGCAAGGAAGAUCUUUGUGUGGAAAGGCAAAGAUGCUAACCCACAGGAGAGAAAAGCUGCCAUGAAGAAUGCUGAAGCAUUCAUACAGCAGAUGAAUUAUCCUGCCAACACACAGAUUCAGGUGCUUCCAGAAGGAGGUGAAACACCAAUUUUCAAACAAUUUUUCAAAGACUGGAAGGAUAAAGAUCAAAGUGAUGGCUUUGGCAAAGUAUAUGUCACAGAGAGAGUGGCUAAAAUUGAGCAGAUUGAGUUUGAUGCUACAAAGUUGCACGAGUCUCCACAAAUGGCUGCCCAGCAUAACAUGAUAGAUGAUGGCUCAGGGAAAGUACAGAUCUGGCGUGUGGAAAGCAGCGGCAGAGUUCCUGUGGAACCUGAGACGUAUGGACAGUUCUAUGGCGGUGACUGUUACAUCAUCCUCUAUACUUACCCUAAAGGGCAGAUCAUCUACACAUGGCAAGGAGCCUGUGCUACAAAAGAUGAACUGACUGCAUCUGCAUUUCUGACUGUUCAGCUGGACCGGUCAUUGAAUGAUCAGGCUGUGCAGAUUCGAGUCAGUCAAGGCAAAGAACCACCCCAUUUACUGAGCCUGUUCAAAAGUAAACCACUUAUUGUCUACAAGAAUGGGACAUCCAAGAAGGAAGGUCAGAAACCUGCUCCACCCACACGGCUCUUCCAAAUCCGCAGGAACCUAAUGUCCAUUACCAGGAUUGCCGAGGUUGAUGUUGACGCAAUGUCACUGAAUUCCAAUGAUACCUUUGUUCUGAAACUUCCAAACAACACUGGUUACACCUGGGUGGGAAAAGGAGCAAACAAAGAAGAGGAACAAGGAGCUCAAUACAUUGCCAGUGUUCUUAAAUGCCAGACUGCUAAGAUUAAUGAAGGCCAGGAACCAGAGGAAUUCUGGAAAGCACUUGGAGGUAAAAAAAAAUAUCAGACUUCAUCACAGCUUUUGACAAAGGCUGAAGAUCAUCCCCCUCGCCUGUAUGGUUGUUCUAAUAAGACUGGCAGAUUUAUUAUUGAGGAAGUCCCAGGAGAAUUCACUCAGGACGAUUUGGCUGAAGAUGAUGUCAUGUUGCUGGAUGCUUGGGAGCAGGUUUUUGUCUGGAUUGGGAAAGAUGCUAAUGAAACUGAGCGACAGGAAUCCGUUAAAUCUGCCAAACGCUAUAUUGAAACAGAUCCUUCUGGCAGAGAUAAGGGGACCCCCAUCGUCAUCGUGAAACAGGGGCACGAGCCCCCAACCUUCACGGGCUGGUUCCUGGCUUGGGACUCCAAAAAAUGGAAAAACUGACCUACCCAAGGGAGCUUCAGCUUCAAGCCAAAGAAUCAUGAGUGCACAACUAUUUUCUAGUAUUUGUAAGCAUAAGCUUAUGCAACAAUAUGAUGCAGAUGUUGUUACCCUUUCCUGAGCUUUGAUAUGUUAUAUGAAUAACUUAAGAAUUCUCAGUGCUGGAUAGGAUAAAUGAUAAUUUUCAGGUGAGGUGGGUGGGGCUUUUCAUGUAGGCAAUCUGUAACCUAUGAAUUCUUCACAAAGCAGCUGUGGAUCAGUUUAUUUUACUGUGCUAAAAUGGACCAAAUUCUGCCUUCCCUUAAAAAUUCAAACCAAUGCCAAAGAAACUCCUUUAGUGUAAGGUCAGCAUAGUUUUGUGCGUAAUUUGGCCGGUGUAGAAUUUCAGAUGAUGCCUGAUCCACAGCUUGGUCUUGCAGGGGGCAAACAAGAGAUGAGUAUUUUGACAAAGCUGUUCUUAACACAUUUGUUUGCUAUUCUUGGUCUAGAUAUUAUAACUGGAGCUUAGGAUUGUACACUUGUGAGAAUAUGAAGGUGUUUUGUGGUUGGGUUUGUUGUUGUUGUUGUUGUUUUUUAGAUUCUAUCUAGCUCAUUUUAAUGGAUUUCUUAAGGUUUCUCUAUGCGAACCAGCCUCCAGCUCCAGAUCUUUCCAACUGAAGCUCUCAUACACAUUUUAGGGCACUACUUAUUAGUGGAAGCAGAAGUAACAGCUUCAAAAAUACUUACUCUGCCUUAACCAGACUGCACUGAAGCCAUACUUUCUCUCGGUUGCCUUACUCAGCAGUCCCUUGUUCUUUCAUAGCACGGAGUUUGUUCACAUUGUCAGGUACAGUGUAUGUUUCCAACUCAUUUUCUAAACAGGUCUCAGUCAAAUAUCAGCAUGGAAACUCCUUGUUUCAGCAGCAUUCCUGACAACCUGGAGUAUGAGGAAGCACAUUAUAAUCUUCUCUCAGACAGUUGUUUUGGAUUUUUUUUUUUGUAUUCUGAUGAAGAGUACAUUAUCAAAGUAUGUUUUUUUUAAUUUGUAGUUUAGCCAGAAAAGUCUCCUUAAGGGCAUUAGGAAAAGUCCUGCUACAAAUCUAUAGCACUGCUUUAAACUAGAAUGCUUGUUUUAAACAAUUUGUACAGCAGUAAAUCAUGUCAAUGCGGCUUUUUAAUGAAGGCUUUUCAUCUCUUUUGUUGUUCUCAUAAGAUAAUUUGGCAAGUGAACAUUUUAGCUGUUUUUUACUUUUUUUUAAAUGAUUGUGAUUUUGAAUCUGAGUAAUGCAAAACAGUGAAUUUAGUCUGAGCUCAUAACAACGUUGACCAAAAAAUAAAGAGAAGCUAAAUCAAUUAAUUCGGGGAGCUUUUUCGGCUUUAAACAUUUGUUUAAGUCCUUUCUUAAGUAACUGGGCUGUAUCUGGAUGUCAUUUCAUUUUAAAUAAAAUCAUGAAACAAUGUUAUAUGCAAAA